AUGAGGGUGAACGUCGGAGACGAGAAGCGCAGCAAGCGGAAGCUCCCGAACGCUGCGGCUGCUGCGGACGAGGAAGAAGCGAAGUCGCUUAAGGACAAGACCAAGGCGGCGCGCCACUCGAAGCUGCAGCUCAAGUGCAUGGACGGCACCACAUUCGACGUGACAUACGAGCAGGCGAUGAUGUCGUCGACGCUCUGGGUGCUCAUGCAAGAUGUGAGCGGGAAGAAGCCCAAGAGCGGCAUCAAGCAGCACAUCAUCCCGAUGGAAGGCGUCCCCACAGAAUGUGUGCAGCGCGCGCUGGACUACUGCAGUUGUCUGUACAUGCAGCAGGUUGACCGCGUGGAGACGGCGAUGCUGGACUGGGAGGACGAGUUCGUUAGUCUGGAGUCGAAGGAGCUGUGCGACUUGGCCAAGGUUGCGUCAAACUUGGACAUUCAGCCGCUUGUGGAUCUCACGUGUCGGUCGAUUGCGCAGAUCAUGUCGGCGACGUCGGAGGCUGACGAGUUGCGGAAAAAGUUUGGCCUGGAAGACCCGCACGACGUCGAGUGCAGCUGUGAGCUGCGCAGUGACAUGGCAGGAUUCGAUUUUGACAUGUUCAACUCGCUGGAUCACGACCUCUCCACGGAGGAGUAUGAAUUGGUGGAGUUCGACCAGCCGAGCGUCGACGAGUUAGUUAGUUUCAUCAACGGUAGUGACAGCAACCCGAACGCGACACAGGGUCAAGUCCAGCAGCAGCAAGCCGCGGGAGCGUCCAAAAAGAACUGCCAUCUCCACGGCGAGAACUCAUCGGAUCCGGGCGACUCGAAUAACGGCAGCACAACGUCCAGUAAGAAGAAGCGCAAAAAACGCAAAAAGAAAAAAUCGCCGCCGAGAUCACAUAAACACACUCAAGACUCAAGCAGCAGUGAUGAAGAGAAGGAGGAGCCCGACCGCGAAGAGCAGAAGUUGCCGAGCCCCGAACACGGCAAGAAGGGCAAGCCUCAGACUCUGGAGGAAAAGGUGCGGUUAGCCCGCCAAAACCCGAGUGCAGUAUUCAAGGAGUCGCAAUUUGAAGAUGAUGAUGACGAAGAUAUGGCAAAGGUGAUCAAGAUGUUCGAGCUCAACCUCGAGUCCGCAUAUCGCGAGUGCGACAACAAGAAGAAGCCCCGUGUAGACUUUGCACCACGCGAAGUGUUCCGGUCCUCCCUUGUUCGCUCCUCGCAAUUUGACUACGUACAACGCCGUCUUUCGGCGACGAUGACGUAG